GAUGGGGAAUGAUUAUCAAUGCUUAUUUCCUGACCUACGGGCACAAAAGACUGUUUUGUUUUUAUUUUCAGAAAGUCAUUCAACAUAUUUUCUGUUUUUUAUUGUGAUGUUUUUCUUUUCUUUUUUUUAAACAAGUUCAACGCUCGUCCAGCGUUUAUUUUUAUGCGAGCACAGGAAGUGACGUCACCGAGAGCGUACCCCCUGUCAGUUUAAGCUAGCUGGCAGGUGAACAGUUCGGCGUUUUAAGUAUGAUUAAAAGUGCGGAUAUUGAUUUGAUUCCUAGCUUUACUCAAACAAAGAAACAUGUAAUUUGACUUGUCGACAACCGCUGCUACGUCAAGUCAGUUGCUAGCUUGAAGCUAACAAGCUAGCCAGCUAGCUAACAUUACGCAGCUGUCAGUUAGCGAAGCUACGCGGCUAAAGCCGUCAUAGUGACGUUUAUAGCUAAAAAAGCAGCCCCCUCUCUGCCGGGACACGUUAGAUAAGAAUAUUCUGUAGAAUGGACAAAGACGAGGCGGACCGGCUGAUAGAGAAGGCGAAGUUGUUGCUACGGUCAGGACGGAAGGACCGAGCGCUGCAGCUGCUUUACGAAGCCCAAAAUAUCUACCACAGCACCCGGGCCAGAGUGCUGAUUGAUGCCAUAGUUAAAAAUGGAAGCAACGCGGCUCCGGAAGUGAACCACAUGCCCCCGCCAAAAGGCUGGAGAGAAGAGGACUGUGGCAACGCUGAGAAAAGUCAUGUGAGCGGCGAUGACAAGAAAAGCUACACAGAAGAUCAGCGGCAGGGUGUUUUAAGGAUUAAGAAUUGCAAGGACUUCUACGAGAUCCUUGGCGUCCCCAAGAAUUCCAGCGAUGAAGAUCUGAAGAAGUCGUAUAGAAAGUUGGCCCUCAAGUUUCACCCUGACAAGAACUUUGCACCAGGAGCCACAGAUGCUUUUAAAGCAAUCGGCAACGCUUACGCAGUGCUAAGCAAUCCAGAGAAGAGGCAGCAGUACGAUCAGUAUGGAGAUCAGUCGGCAGCCGAGAGCGCGUCGCAACACACCACCCACCAUCGCCACGGACACUACCGAAACUUCCACAGAGACUUUGAGGCUGACAUUUCUCCUGAGGAGCUCUUCAACAUUUUCUUUGGAGGACGAUUCCCCACAGGAAACAUCCACGUGUACACCAACCAGGGAGCCUCCUACUCUCAGUUCUACCAGCCUCGUCGACGACGCGCUUAUGAGAGACGCGAGGAGGUGGUAGAGGACAACCCGAGUCAAAACUCCUUUACAGCUCUGCUGCAGCUCCUCCCUGUCCUGGUGCUGAUUCUCAUCUCAGUGUUCACUCAGAUGAUGGCCACCAACCCGCCUUACAGCCUCUUCUACAAGCCGUCCAUGGGGCUGGUGGUCUCCCGGGAAACUCAGCACAUGGGCGUCCCGUACUACGUGGAUAAAAGUUUUGAAAAAGAGUACCGUGGCGACGCACUGGACGAGCUGGAGAAGACGAUAGAGAGCGACUAUAUUGAACACUUGCAGAGCAGCUGCUGGAAGGAGAAACAACAGAAGUCAGACCUGGCCAACCUGGGGCAGCUGUACCGAGAUGAGCGUCUAAAGCAGAAGGCGGAGUCGAUGAGGCUGGACAACUGUGACAAGCUGCAUAGACUGGUGGGACGUCUGAGAGGCGGCAAGUGAAGAGGACACUUUACACGCUGGAAGGAAUCCGGUGCAGCAGAGUUGGGAACAAUGUGCCUUCUCUCCUCCGGGAUGGGAGGAAAUCAAAGUUGCAUGUCAGCUUCUUUGGUGGCCACAGCACUGUCCGUGUUGCACUAAGGCUCUGCCCCUUUCCUGUUUUUAUAUAGAAAUGGUCUCUGUAAGAGGUCAUGGUAUGAAGCUAUGUUUGUGUCCACACUGGGGAUGUGACAAGAUCUUGUGUCGCAAGAUUAAAAUGUGGCGAUAUUUCUUGUUCAGAGAAAAACUGUGUUGUGGUCACAACAAUUCACAAUUGUUUUUAUUUUUAAGAGUAUCCGUUUGGCAAGAAGUAUUAGGACUUCACAUUAAGUGCUUGGACACUACAAACCGAGACCUAGCAACCAGAGCUAGCCUCGGUAUGUCAGAGACUUGUAAUUGUAUUUAUUUAAACUUUUAUUUGUGGAGACCGGUUUAAGAGUUUAAAGCUCUUGCGCAGGUCAUGCAUGCAAAGUUACAAAGGACUUUAAAGUGCACAUGCAUUAUUUUGUGAUUUAUUUUUUAUGAUUUUUCUUAAAAGUAGGGGUGCUGUUAGGAAUUCUGGGGCCCCCCACACACCCAGCCUCCCAACUCUACGCGGCACCCCUGCGUAAUAAUGCUAAAAUCUUGCCUCCUUCUUGUGAGUCUAAUAUGUAUCGUCACACCCCUAGUCCAUUAGAGUUCUUGCCAAAAAAGUAUUUAACUCAACUUUGAUAACGGUUCUUUGAACAAAUCAACGAGCUUCUGUACUGUGAAGCAAUGGAGUGCACUUUUAUUUAUUAUGUAUCAGAGAAUAGAAAGAACUAUGUUUAUUACUCUGCUUUGUCACAUGCAUACGGUCCAUCACAAUGUAGAGCUUCCAUUGCUUCUUACAUAGUGGACGUGUAAAAGCCACAUGACUUUCGCUGUCUACUCAGGCUGAAGUGAUGAGCAAGGAUUGUACUUUUAUAAACCACAAAACUUUAAACUGUCCAGUCACGAGACCACAUGCAGCGGACUAAGACAGCCACCUUUAGUUGUUCUCAAGCACUUUUA